AUGGCUCGUUCCAGAGCUCCUUCGUCUUGCUUUGGAGCCAAAAAGCAAAGGUUAGAUGAGGAAUCAACAUCACGACCAUGCGUUUCUCGUAAUGGCCUUAGCACACAUGGGGUUGUUAGACGUGAAAUGUGUUACUUUUGUUUUGACGUCCUUCACAACCAUUUACAUAAUCUUGAACCUCCUCCUGCCCCCAAGACAUUUCCAAACAGCUCUUACCCGCUUUUCGUGACGUGGACGUAUGGAAAAGAGGAAAAACUGCGUGGGUGUAUAGGAACUUUUACUGCCAUGAAUAUCCACAAUGGUCUUCGUGAAUAUGCGAUUAACAGCGCUAUGAAGGACAGUCGCUUUUCCCCAAUAACAGAAGAAGAGUUUCCUAAUCUCACAUGUUCUGUUUCCUUGCUUUUGAAUUUUGAGGAGGGGAAAAACUAUCAGGAUUGGCAGAUUGGUGUUCAUGGAAUUCGAAUUGAAUUUGUUAAUGAAAAGGGAUAUCAUCGCACUGCUACGUAUUUGCCUGAAGUUGCCUACAAACAAGGUUGGAAUCAUUGCGAAACCAUUGAUUCUCUUCUUCGAAAAGGUGGUUACCGUGGUACUAUAACUGAGACAUUUCGACAAUCAAUUCGGCUUACUAGAUAUCGCAGCGAAAAAUGUAGUGUGCAUGCAACGGAGUAUUUACGUGCUCGCCAGAAUGGUUAUCGCGUUUAUGUUUAUGUAUGGACAAAUAAUAAAACAAUUGGCUGCAUAAAAAUUUUGUCCUCUAAUGAAAACUUUGGAAGCUUCGUUUCCAGAAAAUUCAUUGAUUUCUGCAGUAUGAAAUUCCAGCUUAGUGACACGGACACCAGUAACUAA